CGCUCUUUGGCUGCGUGCUGGUCCUGACGCCUGCGCCGAACGGACUAACAAAUGGCUGAGGCGAGGGGCCGCUUGUUCCGUUGUUAGUGCUGAGGCAUAGGAAACUCCUCCCUGCCGAUAUCACACAGAGCCUUCACAGCGCCAUGGUCUCAUGGAUCAUCUCUAGAUUGGUUGUGCUUAUUUUUGGCACACUUUACCCUGCAUACUCUUCAUACAAAGCUGUGAAAUCCAAAGACGUUAAAGAAUACGUAAAAUGGAUGAUGUACUGGAUAAUAUUUGCACUUUUCACCACAGCAGAAACUAUGACGGAUAUAUUUCUUUGCUGGCUCCCCUUUUACUAUGAGCUGAAGAUUGCCUUCGUAGUGUGGCUGCUGUCUCCGUACACAAAGGGCUCCAGUGUGCUCUACAGGAAGUUUGUCCACCCUACCCUGUCUUCUAAAGAAAAGGAAAUUGAUGAUUAUCUCUGCCAGGCAAAGGACAAGAGCUACGAUGCCCUGGUGCAUUUUGGGAGGAAAGGGCUGAACGUGGCAGCCACUGCUGCGGUAACGGCUGCUGCCAAGGUUUCUCACCUGCUCAAAAUAAUCACAUAUUGGGAGUUUACAGAUGGGAAGGGGCAAGGGGCGCUCUCUGAGAGACUGCGGAGCUUCAGCAUGCAGGACCUGUCCAGCAUCCAGAGAGAAGGGCCCGUGUCCGGCCCCAUGCCCUCUCGGUCCUCAAGCACAAACCCCAGGGCCAGGACCACCACACGCAGCAACUCCGAAUCUGCCUCCAGCAAGGCUUGUGUUCACUGUGCUCACUGCAGCGCCGUGUCCGCAUGUGACACUGGGGACUCAGGUGAUGAGAUUGACAUUACUGAGUAUGAGGUCUUGAGCUCGGAGCAGUGCGACUCAAAGGAACAGCAGCUCGCGCCCUCUGAGGUGGAGCAGGAGAGUGAGGAUGUAUUGGAAAUCAGAACUAAGCCCAGGACAGUAAAGAGGAGGGCUCCCGAGCCUCCUCCUAGAGCUCCGAGGCCCCAUCCCAGAACAAAGAGUACCUCGUCUUCACACAGUGAUACCAUGUGACAGCACGAGGCCAUGGGAUGCUGCCGAUUAAGACAUCCUCAGUUCGCUUAGCUGCCUUAACUGGAGAGAACAGACGAAGAAAGAAGGGGAAGCCAUGCUAAAACACACACCCACACACAAAGCAGCCACACUCAAGAAGGAGCAGAGCCACUGAAGACCAGGCAGCUGGGAUAUCAACGACAGCCUGCAGCAGAGUUGACAAGGCAUCUCUCCCUUUAUCGGGUUUCUGUGUCUGUGCGUUCGAGUUAUUUUCUGUUUUUUUUUUGUGUGUUUUUCUUGUCAGAGGGUUCUGAGGGUGCCGGUCUUCGAAUUUGUUUUCGAAAAACCGAUGUCCUGCGCCAUUGUGCACGUCCCUCUCCACGUUCGUCAGGCCUCGUUUCCUGGAAACAAUCUUCCACACACACACAUACUGUAUACACUUGACGUACUUGCUUGAUGCCUGCUUUUUGGUUGCGUAAUUGUAUCUUAGGCAACGCUGAGAGAGGUGACGGGGGAGAUAGGGCCUCCUGGGGCCUCGGACUUUCCUGCAGCCGAACCGUUGAAAGGGAGUUCUGGGUGGCCUGCAUUUAAAGCACCCCCGGAGGAUGAAGUGGGAGCUGGAUGGGCAGUGGUGCAGGACUACAGCAGCUGACAUUAAGAGCUGAUGUAGGUCAGACAGAAUGAUGUAUAGGUUUUAGAGUAAAAUGCUAUAUUGGGUACAUUUCCAUUUCCUUUUAGCUCCGUUUUCCUAGUAAUGCUACACUUUAGUAAUCCACAUAAACUAAGACUUUAUUAUAGAGCUGGGUUUUGGAGCAUCUGUUGGAACUGUUAAAAGGUAAAUUGCCUGUGAAAACCAAUCUGACUACGCCAAAAUCUUGCUACAGUGGUUAGUAAUUGCAAGCUGUUAAUAAAAAAAAAGCUUAAUUAAAAAAAACAAUCAGAAUCGGCACCACAUUCUGUACGAAAUGUCACUUGCUUUAAUGGGUCCUUCAGCAGGAAUCUGAUUGUUUUUAAAAAGCAUUUUAAAUAGAUUAAGUGUGUAAUCAGGAAACUAGUGUGAUCAUUGAAGGACUAUUGAGUGACAGUAGUGAAAUUGAACUGCUAGGUGUGGGAAAAGACAAUAAUUACACCUUCACUGAAUCAUGUAAAUCAUUUCUAGCUAAACAGAAAAUCACUAAAGCACCAUAGAUCAUCAAAUAAAUGGAGCAUGAAAAGAUGAUAAUGAUAGAGCACACCAUUCUUACAGCUGCGUCUCCCAUUACAGAAUGCUGUCAGUGACUUUAAAUGGAUUUCAGAUAUAGUGAGACGGUGAAGUUUGGUUACCACUGGACAUGUAGAGCACAGCAAACUCUAUGCUUGAAAUAAAUCGCAACCUUGGCUCUUCAAAAACUCUUGUUUUUCAGUGGCCUCUAGCUUCUACUCACAGAAACCCAUGGGAAUGUAACGUAUUUUAAGUCACUUUCCCAUGGGAACUGUAGGAAACAAUCCGUCCUUUAAAAAACAGGCUGCAUUUUAAAAUAUUGUGACAAAAGUGCACAACUACAAAAUAUUUAUAGGCAAUAUGAAAGAAAUGUAAGUACUAGUUCUGUCUUACCUGAAAUGAAUAUGCCCUCAAUCAAUAUUUAGUAGUUAUGCAUAACAUAAUUGGAAUUUUUUUAAUGGAAAGGAAGCAUUUCACUAAUAAGGAAAUAUGUGCAAUGUAGCAUUCAAUAGCAAUGUGAAAGACCUGAAUAAGAUAGAAAUGAGUCUAAAAAUGCUAUUUUAUCAAGUCUUCCUUCAAGUGAUUAGAAAAUUCUACAGCAGUAAAGGUUCACCGUCCUUUUAAAGAUAAAUGCAUCUACCUUUGCUUGUGCUGUGUGUGCUGUGCUUGUGGUGAGGUAAUUGUAUAUACAGUAUACACUGGGCUGCUGUCAAGCAUGACUUGGACUAGGACGAUUUAGACUAGCAGUGUACCUGUGUUAGGAUAUGAAAUGCAUCUGCAAUUUCAUACUGUCUUGCUUCAGAAAAGCUCAAGGUUUGAUCAGAUAGAAAGAAUAUAAUGUAGAAUGUGAGCCUUAUAUUGACAGCAGAGUUAAAUGUACAUUGUUCAUGCAAAGCUGAAAGAAUAUGUGAAUGGAAAGAUAUAGUUCAGCAGAGAAACAAAUGUAAAAAUAGUAAGAAACCGAGCAAUGCAGCAUUUUAUCCAGGCUCCACUGUGCAGGCUUGGCUAGUAUAUUACAUGUGCUAAGAGCGAAAGGAAAGCCUAUGUAUCUACCUUUUUGAUUGUAAAUGUCUGAGUCUCUUGAUGUGAGCUUUUGAGCUUUAUUUAUCUGUUUAUAUUUUACAGAUUUUGAUUUGCUGUGGCAGAUAGUUGUUUUGUUUUAAUUGAGCUGAGCUGGCUGAGCUCACCGGGCAGCAAAAACUGUGCUGCACACUGAAGUACAGGCCAUGUUCAGCUAUCCAUCUCAAGAGUGUUCUAAACCCCCCUGCUGAUCCUCUGAUUCUUUCCUAUAGGUCUCAAUGACAACUAAAUGUAGACAGUAUGUAUGGCUUCUGUCCAGCUAACAAAGCUCCUUAGGUCUGUCUGGGUCUCAACUCCAUUUCCGAACUAUGAAGAAGUGAAACAUCAUCCACAAGAUGUAGUGAUGCUUCACAUGUGAGCUGUCUUAUUGACUUCCAUCUACUCAGUGUGCCUGUAGAGACACAUUUGCAUUGUCCAUUGCAUCAAACUGUCAAAAUAGAGCUCCAAAUCAUGUAGAAGAGUGAAGGUGACUCCUAGUUCGUUAACAUAAAAAAAGGAACAGAGAUAGAAAUUGUUUGGUUUAUUAGGAGGAGGUAAGAUCUUAAUUUUUAUAUUGUUUCCUCGUCUUAAGGUUUAUUAACGUGUCUGGAUUUGACAUUGUUUUUAAUUGUUUCUGAAAGGUAUUGUAGCAUUCUAUGUAUUGUUGUGCUUGUUUUGAAAACUACGACUGUUCCAGCAAAAAUUCCACCUUCAUUAUACAGGUAGAUACAUUAGCAUUACAUUGUUGAGGCUGCUACUGCUGGGACAGCUGGAGAGCCAGGUCUGUGCGAUGCUAAUGUGUGUCCAUUCUGUGCUUCCUAGUAAUCACCUAUGUGGAGUUGAGGUGUCCUUCGAGUGCACGUACACUAGCGCAACAUGUACUGCACAGAGGAUAAGGGGAAACAGAGCUGAAUCUCCCUUAAACAGUAAGAUUUUUCUACGAUUUGUAGAAUCCUGGGCCUUAAGUAUCUGCCAUGCUUCACAUCUCUUCUGUGUUCUGCACUUUGUUUUUAAAGAAAAGAUCUAUGUUAGGUCCUGCUGCACACUUUACAUCUCAAAGCAAAACAGUCUGUGUUGUAAAAAGGUUAGAGUCCCGUUUGCAAAAUCAGUUGUAGUGACUAUUUUAUUUGAUACCUUAUGCGA